AACCCCUGUUUGAAACUUGAAAGUUAUGUGAAUCCAGAUUUCCAGAGGCGGGGCAGAGAAUUUCUUCUGAGUUCUGAGGUCUGACGUGCGAAGGAGGAAACACAUACGGAUUGCGAAAGAGCCGCUCUAUACCGUAAUCCCUUGAUUCUCCUGUUCCAGAUCGUAUUUCUGUAACCAUGGUGCUCGAGGCGACGAUGAUCUGUAUCGACAAUUCGGAGUGGAUGCGAAACGGAGAUUACUCUCCCAGUAGAUUUCAAGCUCAAGCUGACGCCGUUAAUCUGAUUUGUGGGGCAAAAACUCAGGCCAAUCCGGAGAAUACAGUUGGGGUAUUGACAAUGGCUGGAAAGGGUGUUCGCGUUUUGGUCACCCCUACUAGUGAUCUAGGAAAGAUCUUAGCUUGCAUGCACGGUCUGGAAAUAGGUGGUGAAAUGAAUUUUGCAGAAGGAAUUCAGGUGGCUCAAUUGGCCCUCAAGCAUCGCCAGAACAAAAAACAGCAACAAAGGAUUAUUGUUUUUGCUGGGAGUCCUGUCAAAUAUGACAAGAAGGUGUUGGAGAUUAUUGGGAAAAAGUUAAAAAAGAACAGUGUAGCUCUGGAUGUUGUUAAUUUUGGUGAAGAAGAUGAAAGCAAAACUGAGAAGCUUGAAGCACUCGUUGCUGCAGUAAACAACAAUGAGAGCAGUCACAUUGUUCAUGUUCCUCCUGGUCCUAAUGCUCUUUCGGAUGUGCUAAUAAGCACCCCUAUAUUUACUGGUGACGGUGAGGGUGGAAGUGGAUUUGCUGCUGCUGCGGCUGCGGCUGGAGGAGUAUCGGGCUUUGACUUUGGUGUGGAUCCAAACCUUGAUCCUGAGCUUGCCCUUGCACUUCGAGUUUCAAUGGAAGAAGAAAGGGCAAGGCAGGAGGCUGCCGCUAAAAAGGCCGCCGAAGAAGCUGCAAAACAAGAAAAAGGAGAAAGUCAGAUAGCUUCUCAAGAUGUGAAUAUGGCUGACAAUGCUGCAGCUGGGACUUCUGAAUCUGAAAACAAAGCCGCGACUCUUAUGGAUGAUGAAAAUGCCUUACUACAACAAGCACUCGCAAUGUCCAUGGAUGACUCUUCAUCUAACAUUAUCAUACAAGAUGCUGACAUGUCAGAAGCAGCUUCUGAAGAUAAAGACUUAGCACUUGCCCUUCAAUUGUCUGUGCAAGACAGUACAAGAGACCAGUCAAACCCGACUGACAUGAGCAAGUUGUUGGCUGACCAGUCUUUUGUGUCAUCUAUUCUUGCUUCGCUUCCAGGUGUUGACCCCAAUGAUCAAUCAGUUAAAGAUCUACUAGCUUCCAUGCAAAGUACAUCUGAGGAGAAGGAUGAGGAGAAGGCUCCUAAAGAGGAUGAUAAGAAGUGAUUGGGAUGGGAUAUCUAUGCUUGUCAAUCCAUCGUUUCAAAAUUCUGGGAAGUACUUUUCAGCUUUUGCACAUCUUUCAAAACAAGGACUGUGGCAUUUUGAUAAAGAGUAAUUCUUGGAGUGGUGGAAAUAUGCCCUCAUCAAAAGGACUACAGAUAAUGAAUUUAGCUACACAUUGUUCUUUAUGCCGCAGCAGGGUGAGUUUGAAAAUUUGAGUGUAUUCUAACUGAGUCUAUCUAGAAAGCAGAAAUUGUUCUUAAUGUCUGUUUUCUACUCUUCUGUGUUGGCCUUUCUUUAUGCGAAUUGCGGUUAAUCUUUGUGUUUUCCUCUUAAGUGUACGAAAAUAGAAAUGUAACAAUGCCACUUCUAUACUUUGUUCCUUGAAAUUGUAUCAUUCUCAAACGGGUGUGAUUGGACAUGAACACAGUCCGGGUUCAGUCCUGGAAUUGCCAAUAAGCAGAAUGGUUAGAGACUCGUCGGUCUCCUUCCUGUUUGGGUCUAUUGGCGAUUCUUAUUUCCUUCGUGAUCAUUCUGAAUUAGGGAAGACAAUCUCAUCGUUACUCGAUGGACAUCUGAGCCAUUUGACCUGAUUAAAUGGACCAGAAUGUA